AUGACGAACAUCUCAUCGUGGUCGACUAGAGCAGUUGUGAAUACUACGUCUUCGACUCAAACACCAAAAACGAUAUCAAGCGGCGGUUAUAAACGACCACGCGUGAUUGCAAACGAGGAAUCGUCAAUAUCAGAUUUGGUAGGGGAGGAAAUCGGCAAGGCCAACACCAAUCAGACUGAGCCUCGCUCUGUGGAAGCGGCGCCAGAGAACGGAGCCAAGUUGAAGACGGAGACCCAUAUUCAAGACCUCGAGAGCCAGCUGAGGGCAAAGCCGAAGGAGCCAGAGGCCGGACGAUCUACAGAACAGGUUGAAGAGUACGACCUCGAAGUCUUCAAAAAAUGA